AUUAGUUAUUACACACGCCACACCACGUUAAGUGUUUAUCAUCAGGUUAACGAAACGCUUACAAAUUACGACUUUAUAACUUACAACGAUUGUUGCAUGACGAUCGACGACUGAAAAGUUUUCAUUUUCAGACUGGUUUCGUCUUUGUUCCUCGCACUACAUUAUAAUACCAAUCAUUAAUAUUAUUGUUUGUCGUCUCAACGUAGUAAGCCAUACACCGGUACAUCGCGUCCAGUUUUCUACGACGAGGCCUGAGCACCAUGAGCGAAUCGUUCUCCAACGGCUGUGAACAGGAAGCGUUGAAGUUCGCCAGUCACCUUUCGCCGACCAAGAUUGGAAUGCUCGCCCCGAGCCCGAUAGUGACGAGACGGACGAGGACCGAUUCAACGUCCGCUCUGGCUCUCAAGAAUCCACAGAUAUCCGGAAAGGUCAAAUACUUUUGCAAAUCUAAAGGACACGGCUUUAUCACUCCAGACAAUGGUGAUCCAGACACGUUUGUACAUAUAUCAGAUAUUGAAGGAGAAUUUGUUCCGUUACCCGGCGAUACAGUACAUUAUCGUUUAUGCCCUAUUCCUCCAAAACUAGAAAAGUGCCAAGCCGUACAUGUGGAAAUCGUUAAUUUAACACCUCAAGUUCAUUUAAAAUGGGAUUCGCCAGAAAACAAUUAAAUACAUCAUGAUAUUAUAGUGAUAAUUUGUACACAAAUGUCCAUUAAUGUAUGAUAUUUUGCAAGUAUCUAAACCUUCAUCAAAACUGGUACAUUCCCAUUGUCCAUGCUCUAUAAUAUAACGAAGAGACUUUAUCAGUUGUACUGAUAUUUUUUUUGAUUUUAGCUAAGUGCCAAAAUAAAGUAAUCCAUAUAAUUACACAUAUACCUACAUUAUUGUAUAAGAUAUUUUUGCUUCUAUAGUUCAAUAUUAUUAUAUCAAUCUAGAUUAAAUAAUUAUUCGCUAUGCAUGUAAUGUCAAAUUUUGAAAUGACGAACGUUUAAUAAAUAAAUUAUUAGAAAGCAA